AUGGUGUUCUUCCACAAGCGCAAAGCAUGCUCAACUCCAGACCGGCCGCGCGCCGCGUCAUGGGAGCGGUGCGUGGUGAUGGUGCUGCUGCCGCUCAUGGUGCUCUACACCGUGGGCCACUGGAUGGCCCCCUCGUGCAACCCUAACGUCGCCGUCAUGCUCGAGAGCCGCUCGCUCGCCAUGAGCGCGAAGAAACUUUCUAUGGGCUUCUGGCAGACCACGGACGAGUCUGACAGGGAGAAUGGCGACGCGCGCUCGAAGCUGUUUCUAGACGAAGACCCGUGGAAAUGCGACGCGAGCGAUGCGAUCGGCGAUUGCCCUGUGCGACGAGCCGACGCGGUCUUCGUGGCCGCGGGCUCUGUGUCGCAGCGUGUGCACGCGGUGUGCGCGGCGUACGCGCUGACGGCCGUGACCAACAUGCCGACGCUCGCCCUCUGGCCCGCCGACCGCCACCUGCCCGCCACCACGUUCCGCCACCUCUUCCGCCUCGCGCACGACCCCGCGCCUUCCCCCGCGUCAUCCCGCGCGCGCGGCGAGAGCGGGCGCGAGGGGGGCGUGUGGGUACAGGACACGCCCGCCGAGGCGGGCAUGUUGAGGCGCGCGCUCAAGGGCCGCCGACGGGUGGCGUUCAUGCCAUGCAAGAACACGACGGACGGCAAGCCCGCGCCGUCCGCCAGCGGGCUGCCGUUCAAGGUCUUUCUGUCGCCGGCCGUGCGGGAGAAAUCCACCGGCCCCCUGCGCGUCGACGCGUGCGCGUUCGAGCGCGAGGUGGACUCGUGUCUGGCCGCGAUUCGCCCGUCGGCCGCCGUGGCGGCGAUUGUGGUGGAGGAGGACCUGGCGCGCGUGGCGGCGUCCAGUGCCGUGCUGGUUGACCCACCUUCCUUUCCCUUUCCUCAUUUCCGCUGCCCCCCUCCUUUCCCCUGCCCCCCUCCUUUCCCCCUGCACACUGCCAACAAUGGCACCUCUCUCCUCCUCGCUCUCUUCACCCACCAGCAACUGACACAAGGCGUGUGCUCCGGCUGCACCGCCAACUCCAACCGUUCUGCACCGCACUGCGCCAUGCGGCGAGUGACAAUGGAGUAUCUGUACGACCCAGCAGUGAGCUUCACAGCGGGAGGCCUCAACACGUCGGACGUCACGGUGCUCAGCAGCUACUUCAGCCCUCUCAGAACCCCGCUCGUGCUCAAAAGCACCCAGCAGCGGAAUGCGUCGUGCCGCGUCGGGGGAGUGGAGGGGAGGGAAGAGGGGGAGGGUGAGAGGAGGGAGUUGGUGGAGAGUGGGGAGGAGGAUCGGGUGGUAGGCGGAGUGAAUGGGAGCGUGGUGGCGGGGGGAGGAGGUGCAGGGCUGGUGGUGCAACGCGGGUUGGAUCGAGCGCUUGGGGCGCAAGUGACGAGGUGCAGCCAGCUGCAGGUGGCAGAGCUGUUCACGCUCAGCUUCGCCCGGGGGCUGCUGGCAGUGAACCGAUCCUCCAUAGAAGCGCGCUUCGUUACAGCGCAAGGCCGCGCGCGGUCGGCGUCGUUCGGCAUGCACCGGUCGGUGUGCGAGUCGGUGGAGCUGCGGCCAAUUAUAAAACAGAAGUGGGCCAUGUUCACUCAAGUGGAAGAAAAACUUAAGCUCAUGGUGUGCACGAUGCCCAAGGUAGCAGCCAACUCGUGGCUCAUGUGGCUGCGCGCCAUGCUGGGGCAGCCGCACCCAGAGGACCCCAUUCUCGCGCUGGACCCGCGGCGGGCGGGGUGGCACAUGCUGACGCUGCACUUCACGGAGCAGCAGGCGGUGCAGCAGGUGACCCGCCCGGACUUGUUCAAGUUCACCUUCGUGCGCAACCCCUUCUCCCGCGUGCUCUCCGCCUACUCCAACAAGCUCGUCAUCACGGAUGCGCCCCACAACAAGACCGGGCCCGGGUCCAGAGAGUAUUGGAACGAGCAAUUCUUCAAGUACAUUCGGCCGCAUUGGGAGAAGGUGAAGGGAAAGGACGACCUGGUGUCGUUCCCUGACUUUGUGAAGCUCGUGGCGAAGCUCAUGCAGAACCACCGCUGGCGCAUGGACCGCCACAUUGCAUCCCAGUCGGACAUUUGCUUCAUGGACAAGAUCAAGUACGACUUUGUGGGGCGGUUUGAGAAUCUGGAGGAGGAUGCCAAGUAUGUGGUGAACCGAUUCGGAGGCGACCAUCUCGACAUCUUCAACUUCGGCGUCAACGCGCACCAGACCCGCGCCGACACCAAGCUUGCGAAAAAAUACGACAAGGAAACAUACGAGCUGGUGAAGCGAGUGUUCGCGCGCGACCUACACAUCCCUCUCAACAACAUCACUCAACAAGCCCCCUCUGUCCUUGUGGACAUGUUCGAGACAAAAUAA